GCUUAUUUUGGGUGGUAUUCGGCUUACUUCGUCGCCGGAUCCACUGCCACCGGCCGAUGUUUAACCUGCCCUUCUCCUGAGAUUUUGAUGCUGUCUCUCUCUCUCUCUCCGGAUGGCCUCCUCGUCCGGCAGCCGCAAAGAUUGUCCGAUAUGUCUUGAACCCGUGAAGGAUGAGGCCUAUUUAGAUCAAUGUUUCCAUGCAUUUUGCUACCAGUGUAUUGCUCAGUGGUUAAGAUUGGUGGCUAACAAGCAUUCCCAGCCAAUAUCUUCAAUCAGAUGUCCUCUUUGCAAGACAGAAAACUUUUCUAUAGUCCAUUGUUUUGAUGGUGAAUCCUUUCAGCGGCAUUAUGUAAACCAGGAUCAUAGAAAGAGUCAUCUUUCAAAUGUUCAUGAGUUCAGACGGCAAUUUUAUAAACGUGAGGCAGGAAUCGCAAACAAUAUAUUUGAUGUGCAACAAUAUUGGAAGCGCCAUAAAUAUCGUCAGAAAAACAUCUGGCUUCAAAACUGGUUGAGAAGGGAAAUUCAGACUCUUACACAGGAGGAGAACGUUGACAUCAUUCUGCAUCAUAUUCAUGGUGUCAUCGAGUCUUUCUUGAGAAGAGAAGAACAGGAGGGCAUCAAGGCCAUGCCUGAGCAGAAGCGCGAAGAGUUCAGGGGCUUACUUUCUGAUGCUGCUAGGCCAUUUCUUCUGGGAUACACAGAGCGUUUCUUCAGUGAGUUAGAACUGUUCUUGGCUUCAGGUCUAAAUAUCGAAGCCUACGAUAAAGUUUGUAAGCAGCGUUUGGGUUUGUUGUCUGGUGAAACAAGAGAGACCAGUGAAGAAUUCUGUGAUGAAUAUCGUUACUUGCAUCUUCUUGAUGAGGAUGCAGAGAAAACUGAUUGACGAAUUUGUCAUAGUUGAAGUAGGUUUACUUGCAUAA